UCACCCACAUGUUCCCCAGCGGUUUCAGUCUCGCAUCGGCACUCGGGAGUGACGGGGACGAUUUAUCGAAGAUCGUGAUACCGAUAAGAACAUUAAAAAAAAACCUAAAAUUCAUUUUAAACGUUAAACUAGGGAUAAAAAUUUUCUCUAACCUCAAAAUUGAUAAUUGAGAUUCAACACUUCGGAUAAAAAACUUAAACAUAAAAUUAAAAAUUCAGAUUAUUAUUUUUCGACUCAAAAUAUAUCACCAUACGUCGUACAUAAUCUCCCGAUAAUUUUGUUGUUCAUUUUUUACUUUUAUAAUAAAUAAUUAACGGUUUCGUAGGGAUUUUAAAUUGUUGAAUAAGUGAAUUGAGUGGACACUUGACAUUUGGAUUAAAACAGAGGAUUUUGUUGGAUCGUUGAGGUGUGUUUUCCAGUUUGUGGCAUCUGUCGAGGGUCAUCCCAACCCGGAAGCAAUUUUUAUCGCAUAUAUAAAAAUUAAUAACAAUAAGUGAAGCAAGAGGAAAUUGCAUAUUUAUUUUCAAAGUGAUGUUAUGACAUUUUUUAUUAUUCAAGGAUAAAUAUUUUUUCCCGAUCCGUCUGACACGCGUUACCUCGGGGCUUUUUAAACAUCCUAAAUACCACAUUCUAAAAAGCACCCUGCAACCCCUCAACAGUGGCCCCAGUGCCGUGUAUUCAUCCCCCCAAGAUAAUCACCCAGCCCAACGAUUCACUUCUCAAAGCCAAAGAUGGACAUAGAGGUUCAGGUGGCCCUGAAUUUCGUGAUAUCGUACUUGUACAACAAACUACCCCGUCGCCGAGUGAACAUAUUCGGUGAAGAAUUGGAGAAGGCCCUGAAGGACAAAUUCAAGGGUCAUUGGUACCCUGAAAAGCCCUUCAAAGGUUCGGCAUUCAGGUGCCUAAAAACCGGUGAUCCAAUUGAUCCAGUUCUCGAAAGAGCGGCCAAAGAGUCCGGUGUACCAAUUCAAGAUAUUCUUGAAAAUCUUCCAGCUGAAUUGGCUGUAUGGGUUGAUCCCGGUGAGGUUAGCUACAGAAUUGGUGAAAAGAGUGCCGUUAAGAUACUCUACUCAGAGUCAUCAGACCUUCACGAUGAAAGUUCAGCUGAUCGUGAAGUAACCAAGACCUUCAAUCCCGAGGCCCAGUGCUUUCGACCAAUUGAAGCAGUUGGUACAUCUCUGAGUGGUCUCAGUUUGAGUCCAAAAUCCACCUCACCAUUUCCAUCCUCACUGGGCAGCAGUGCCAGCAAUGGCUCCUCAAAUAAUCAACAGAAUGGCCACGUAUCGGGCUCAUCCUCAGCUCCAUCACCAACACCAAUCACCAACAACUUCAAGGGAUCACCGAGUCCUGUUCCGGCUUUUAUACCGAGAACAACAGCACCGUUGACCUUCACAACGGCGACCUUUGCUCAGACGAAAUUUGGUAGCACCAAAUUGAAGACCAGCAGCAAACGGGCAAACAGAAUGUCACCAACGGAAUUCUCCAACUACAUCAAGCAACGAGCGAUGCAACAGCAGAUUCAUCAUCAUCAUCAUCAUCAUGGCCCUCAUCAAUCGGCCGGUGGUCUGCCUGUCUCCCAGAGCUCACCAACAAGCCGUUCAUUGUCACCGGGUGGUAUUGUUGGCCAACCACCUCAGCAACAACAGCAAGGACAGCCUCAACAGCACACAGAUCCCAGCGCCUACUUCUUCCCAGGUCCUUAUCAUCCACAAUUCUCACAUCGCAAUAUCUUCGAUUCGUCGAAUCAUGCUGGCUAUCUGCCUGAUCUCUAUGGCGCUAAGUUUCAGUCAUCCUAUCUUGAUCCAACUAUUGGACAUCAGUUCUAUGGGGGGGUUUCUGGUAGCUCACAGGCUAAUAAUCUUGGCCCUGUUGGUUCAGGUACUUCCAAUGGUGGUGGUACGACACAACAGGAUAAGAACAAUAUUGUUGAUGGGUUGAAUAACUUUGGGAUUACAUAUUCUGCUAGCCAGUAUCAACAUCUACUCGUUGCUAAUUAAUAUACUGGCAGCCUGGCCCCCAAUUGUCCAACUCGUCUCUCAUCAGUCGUUUAAGUCAUUGAAGAUUCAUUGAUUAUUAGGUUUUUCUAUCGUUUUCUUAGUUUUCUGGGAGGGGGGGAGGGUUCGGCAGUGGAGGGGUCCAAUAGGAUGAGUUUUCGAUGAAAUUGAACGACUAGGACAGCUUGAAAGCGUUAAAAUGAACUUUUGACGUAAUUAGUUUGAAUUUCCCGCCGAAUAUACGAUGGCCAAUCACAGCUUAUGCACUCAUUCCUCCGGGAGUUGAGUGCCGAUUCGUCGGCCAAAUGUUCGUCUCGUUAAUGGAAUAUGACAAUGGCGCUUUCGAUCAUUUUGCAUUCGAUAUCUGUCGAUUACGCUCCAGAUAUCGAAUGAGUGGUCGAUCCUCUUGGAGUAAAUAUCUCGGAAUCUAUGGGAGCUAGCGAAAUUUCGAUGAGAACCUUCUUUGUAGGGCGAAAUAAGCUCGAUAAAAAAGGUUCAUAUGAAAAUUACUGCAUCUCCCCUAGAUUUUGAAAUAUUCCACAAAAAAGAAAAACCCAUCCUGUUUUACCACUCGGGUAAUCAAUUUUUUUUUACCAAAAAAUAUUUUUAUUUUUUUUCCUCGUUGGGUAUGGAGACACGUGUGGCCAGGUGUCCCAAAAUUGUUCAAUAAUGAUUUUUUUUUUCUAAAUUAUUAGUUGUUUUGAGAAGAACACUUCUGGGCCAGAUUAUGAAAUUUAAUUAAACGGAAUGACAAAAUUGUUUCUUGAGAGGGCGGAGUAUACACAGAUGGAUUGACAAAUGUGUAAUAAUUUAUUUUUUCACUGGAAUAGAAAAUGAAAAAAAAUGAGGAGAGUAUAGUAUAUCUGUAGAGCCUAUGUAAUUAUAAUUCAGAAAAAUGCACUCACUUCAACGGGUUUAUUCAUUUGUGGAACGGUAUGGGAUAACUGUUGCGUUUUUUUUUAAACAAUUCGUUGGGGAAUUUUUUUUCUUCUUUACGAGGUUUUUAACGUGAUUGGAGUUGCUCUCAUACCGUUGCAACAAAGACUCGUCCUUUGGUACGAUCUUACAUUUUAUUUUUAUAAACGAGAAAAUGAUAAAUUCAUGUAGAUGGGUAGGGUACAUGUGGGCAUAACGUGAGGUGUCAAUUUACCAUUUUUUCAUUUCAUUUUUUAAUAAAAAUCAUUUCUCGAAUUUGAGAAAUUCGAAUUCUGAUUUUUUUGGUAGGGAAAUGUUUUCAUGAAUCAGGUGAAAAUAUUUUUGAUUCCAAACACGAGGGUUGAACCCAUUGCUCCCCAUUAUUAAUGGCGUAUUGAAAAGAACCAAAAGUCGAUUUGAAAUCGUUUUUUGAAUGUAUUUUGGGUUUUAUGGGAGCAACGGAAGGCGCCAUAUUGUGUUUUCCACCUGAAAUUUGCCUGACCACGUCAUGGAAUCAAUUCCGCCCUCAAGAUAUCAAAAUCUCGAAUUUCCGGAAUCGAAAACCCCUUAAAUUCCCUAAAAAACUUACCAAAAAAGUACAAAAUGCUUUAAAAUUCACCUCACGUUGCGUUCCAUUCGCAGUUGCAUAGUUCCAUUGUCACCGAAGAUCUCUGACAAUGAAAAUGCAAAAGAAAAACAUAAAAGGUGCCGGAGCUGAGGCACCAGGUGCUAAAGUAUUAAAAAAACGUGGGCGAGAGAAGCCCCGAAAGAGAAAAAUUUUCCACAUGAAGAAUUAACGACUGGACGACAAAGAGAAACGCAAAAUGAAGGAAAAAAAUUGCCCAGAUUUUUUUUUUUGUUGACGCCAGGGGUAAAAAGACGCGAAUAAAGGCAUAAAAUUAUGGGGACAGAGAGACACCGCAUUACCCUAGUUUAAUACCUAAUUAAAAACUUAAUUGUAACUAUUAAACGAUACGUACGACUGUGGUAGCUAUGCUAGUACCUGCUAUUGUUAAAAAAAAAAAAACAAAAUAAAAUCGAGAAAAUUGAAAACGCAAAAAUUUUUCCCAGCCAUUUUCGUUGGUCGAAGAUGUUACACUCGAUUAUUAUUGAAUUAUCCAGAGAUUUAAAUGUUGAAUGAAAAAUUUUCAAUUACAAUUUUUUCAUUGAUGCGGGUCGAUUUUAUUGAAUAUAACGAGAAUCAAACGAAUCUCGAGCGAGAUUACGGGCUUAGGUGUGGGAAAGCUAUGAAAUCAAACUUGAUGUACGAAAAAUAAACACAUGAUAAAGUUUACGACAAUUACUUCAAGAGGAGAAAUGCACAUUUCACUCUCGGGUUGAAUCGAGUUUCGAAAAAAAAAAAUGAAUCGUUUUGCCCCAGCGGUUUACGAGAAAAUCUUGUACAAUCUUUUGCGGCUUUCGCUGUGACUGACGUGCUACCGGGGCAAAAUGGGUGGCGUCUAUUUUGUGGAGUAGAUCAGAAGAUUUUUGCUGAGAGUAAAAAAAAUUGUUCAAUUUGGUCCAGUAGUUUAGGAGAAAAUCCUGAAUGAAGUUUUCAUAGAUCAUAGAUCACUGCAGGAUCUCUAGAUAAUUUGAAGUUUUGUUGAAUGAGCGCUGUUGAUAUGGAGGUAUAAUUGGAGAUGAGCCAAGUGAUGAUUGAUUUGACCGCAGUGAUCUAGUCAGAAAUUACGAAUCAAUUUAUCGUAAAUCAUCGACUGAUCUACAGAUCAUUCUGACAUAUUUCGGUGUAACUCCGGAUCUAUGGGGUCAAAACGAGUAAUUUUUUUUAUUCCGGCUGAAAUUUAUCGAUCCAUCCACCGGGGUUACUCACAACGCCAAAAUCUCUGAAUUCCGUUUCACCCGAGGGUCAAAUUCAGAGUACUACAUUGAAAAGACAAAAAAAAUAUAUAAAACAUAGUAUUAUAAUGUAUAAAACAAAAAUUUAAACGCAUAGUUUUCCAACGCAUUAACUGAGUGUAUUUGUUAAAUGAGAAGCAACAAAAAUCGAGGGGACACACGAGUAAACCUAAUAAUUAAACUUAAAUGAAGAUUUACCAAAAAAAAAAUCGUUUCUCGCAUGUACCCAGCGGGGGAAUCGAUAAUCUGUCUUUUUAAAAAUAUCAAGUGUUUGUAAGAACCUAGUGAAAAAACCCAGAAAACCCAAAAAAAUAUCGGUAUUGUCUAUUGAAUAAUUAAUAAACCAAAAGAUUAAAUAAAUUUAAUUGACUCAGAGGGAAUGAAAAAAUGAAUCGCGAGUUGAGAUAAAAAUUCAUUGCAGAUAAUUUAUCUAAUGAUUAGAUACGAGACAUUACACGAUAUAUAUUCUUAUACGUAGCCCGAGUGAUGAGAACGAGAAAACAUUUUUUUUUGAUGAGGGAGACAGGCAGGGUCAAUCGAAAACGAUUAAACAUGAAACCGACAAAAAAAAUCUAAUAAUUUAUCUGUUUUUCCCAUGUAAAUACGAAUUAUCGCGAUUGCAAGCGCCAUCUCGCGGACAUUACGAGACACCACAUUGAUAUGAAAAUGGUGGCUGAUGAUUGAGCGACAAAAUGGUGGAUUUAUGGGCCGAAAUAGUGGCCAAAGUGAGGCGAAAUGAAAACAAAGAACGAGAAAAUCACAAAUAAAGAGAAUAAUCACCAAAAUAUAAAUUACGGGGCGGUCACGUGACGCCUGAAAAAAAUACCUUGAAUGAUCAUGAAAUAUGUGAAUGAUUAAAUUUGUAAUUAUUAUAUAUAUUUUUCAAUACCUACUACUCGCUGUAUGUGAAACAAAAAUAAGAUGAUGUUAUUAUACACAUUACGCUAUUAAUUGAGUUAAUAAUGUAUAGAUCAUUAUGAGGACACGCAUCGGUAGUUGCGCGCACCUUCCAGAGUGCGGGUUUAUCACGUAGAAGGUGAACGAGUGCAUAGGCUCUUAAUUAUUAAUUUUUAAUUAUUAAUUUCGUUGAUAUCUGGAAUGAGAGAAGAAUUCUGAAUACCCACACCUCGAUCAUCAGGAGAGAGGGGGGAGGGGCUGGUGUUGAAAAUGAUCUCAUUCGAAAGAUUAGAAAAUUUCCUACAAAAUGAAAAAAAAAUCGUUCAUUUUGGAGCAGCCAUUCAGGAGAAAAUCUCAAAACAAUUUUCCACAGAUCAUUUAUCGAUCUUAUAAAUCAUUUUCGCGUUUUCGCCGUAACUCACGUUCUAUGAGAGCUAGAUGAGAAAUUUUUUUUUCAUUUUGUUGGAAAUUUUACGUUCUUUUCGAUGACGUAUCGAUCAACCCCCCAUCCCCUUCCCCUACGUAAAAAAAUCCCGAAUAACUGAAAUCAUCUCACUCCAGAUGACAACAGUAUCUCAUGUAUCUUAUUACCCUACGUUUCAUGUGAUUGUACCGAGUAAACAGCGUGAGCUCCGAGUCCCUCCCCUUUUUUUACCACCCCCUUUAUUUCUACAAGAGAAAAACCCACUCCCCACCCCCUUUAUUAUCUUUAUAUCGAGUGUUUGAAAAAAUGAGUGCAUGAAAAAAAAAAACCAAAAAAGUGAAAAGAUUAAUACGGAGCUUGCGCCCACUUUUCUUAUCUAAAUUUCUAACGACAUAACAAAAACCGUUUAGACGAAUUUAUUGUACGAAUUUUGUAUAGCCAUAAUUCAUAAAAAAAACCCAUUAGAGUUUUUUCUGCAACUUCAUCGAUGUUUUAUUCAAAUCAAUUUUUAUUGUAACCUAGAAAAUUUAUUGUUUUUCUUUCCUUGUAUUUUUGUACGAUAAAAAAAAACAUUAUAUUAGUUAUUGUUAUUUUACUUUUCAUUUUGUAAAACACACACAGACACACACACAUAUAUAUAAACAUUAUUAUAUAUUCACCGCUCAGAUUGGGCCAAUUUUUAAUUGAAAAUGAAAAUUAAUUAAGAAAUGAAACUUAUUGAUUAGGAUAAGAAAUUUUUUCAUAGUUUGUUAUUGUUGUUUUGUAUGAUACUUGAUUGAAAGAUUAUUAACAACUGGACACAGUGAAUAGAAAUGCAUCUUUUUUUUCCCCCUUUUUUUAUUAAUUUCAUUGUGUUCAGGCUGUUAUAAUUAUUAAUACUAUAUUUUUGUUAAUAAUACAGUGAUUUGAUAACUGCA